UUCUGCUCUGCCUUUCUCUUUCCUUUUCCCCAUUUUCUAACGAAUUCCCUCCUUUUCUUAAUAUAAUUUUGUAGCAAAAAUUUUGGUAAAUGCAAGACAUCCACUUGAUUGAUGGUGGCCGUAUAUUUAACGGAGGAGGAGGGGGAGAAGGUGGAGACAGGAGGUUACGACAACACCACCACCAAAACAACCAAGCACUUAAGUGUCCCCGCUGCGACUCUCUCAACACAAAGUUCUGCUACUACAACAAUUACAACCUCUCUCAGCCGCGUUAUUUCUGCAAGGGCUGCCGUCGUUACUGGACAAAAGGAGGCGUCCUCCGUAACGUCCCCGUAGGCGGUGGUUGCCGCAAAGCCAAAAGGUCGAAAAGUAAAAUCAAACCUUCGUCCGAAACCACGUUAUCCGCGUCCGCCGUAUCUUCACCGCCACAUCCAGAACGACAGCAGCUGCAAAAGCAACACCGUUAUAAACGUAAAGUGAAAUCUCACUCUAGCAGCGAGAGUUCGAGUCUUAAUGCAGCAAAUUGUAAUGUCGCGGUGACGAACAGUGAUAACAUAAACAGAAACAUAUACAGUUCUUCAGGCGGGACAGCGGAGGCGGAGGCGGUGUCGGCGAUUACAUCUCAUUCUACGUUUUAUGGAAAUCCUAAUAAUUUAGGAUUCGAUCCAGGAUUGCUGGAACAAGGAUCGGACGGCGGGAUUUUCUCGGAGAUUGGUAGUUUAACCAGCUUGAUUACUACUCCAUCAAACAAUGAAACGUUGUCCUUUGAUUUCGGCACUGUAUUAAAUAGGCCAGGGCUGUGGCAGCAUCAUCAAAAGAAGAUGAGCAUGGGAGGGGAGGAAAUCACCGGGGGAUGGCUUGAUCAGACGGCGCAGGUUGAGCAAUCAAAUUUUGAUAGAAGAUUGGAGGAUGGAUUUCAGCCUUUGGAUUGGGAAGGAACUGGAGAUCAAGGAUUGUUUGAUCAUUCGAACGCCGUUGAUCAAACAUAUCGGAGCCAAAAUCAGUGAACUGAUCAAGAUCAUCCAACUCUUUAUCCACCGUAAAUAAUCACUCACU